AUGGAGCUGAAAGUGAAGAAGGAGGCUGUCCCUGGUGAGACAAAGGUGAAACCCAAAGCCCUGAAAGCUAAAAACGCAGUCCUGAAAGGCGUCCACAGUCAGGAGAAGAAGAAAAUCUGGAAGUCCCCUACCUUCCAAAGGCUGAAAACCCUGCGGUUACAGAGGCAGCUCAAGUAUCCCAGGAAGAACACACCAAGGAGGAAAAAGUUGGACCACUAUGUCAUCAUCAAGUUCCCCCUGACCACUGAAUCAUCCAUGAAGAAGACUGAAGACAACAACACCCUCGUGUUCAUCGUGGACAUGAAAGCAAACAAGCACCAUAUCAAGCAGGCUGUCAAAAAGCUCUACGACAUUGACAUGGCAAAGGUCAACAAACUCAUCAGGCCUGACGGUGAGAAGAAAGCCUAUGUUGCUCCAGACUAUGUCACGCUAGAUGUUGCCAACAAGAUUGGUAUCAUCUAAGUGGC